CUAUCUCCAGAAAUUGAAAUUUGAACAGCCAAUUUUUCAAAAUAUUUUGAAUCUGCACAAACCCUUACACCAAAAAUAAAAAAAAAAAAAACAAAAAAAAGUCAGAUCCGAAUACGGUUCGUGUUCGUCUGUCUUUCUAUUUGCUCUAAAAGCUUCGAUCGCUGCGGCUUUCUCCUCGAGCAUCGACAAAUUCCUGUUUAGGAAUGGAGGCGAUCGAAGAAUUGUCUGAGCUAUCGGAGUCGAUGCGGCAAGCAUCUGCUUUGCUUGCCGAUGAAGAUGUUGUUGAGGAGGAGAUCUCAUCCUUGUCCAAGCGUUCUUCCACUUUCCUUAAUGUCGUCGCCCUCGGCAAUAUCGGAGCUGGUAAAUCUGCCGUUUUGAACAGUCUCAUUGGACAUCCUGUUCUGCCAACAGGUGAAAAUGGUGCCACUCGAGCUCCCAUAAGCAUUGAGUUGGCUAUGGAUAGUUCUUUAAGCAGUAAAUCGAUCAUCUUGCAAAUAGACAAUAAAUCUCAGACAGUAUCUGCAAGUGCUCUGCGGCAUUCCCUACAGGAUAGGCUAAGCAAGGGUUCGUCUGGAAGGGGUCGUGAUGAAAUAUAUCUGAAGCUUCGCACCAGUACAGCGCCACCAUUAAAAUUGAUUGAUUUACCUGGACUGGACCAAAGGAUCGUGGACGAUUCAUUGCUCAGUGAGUACAUUGAACAUAAUGAUGCUAUUUUGCUGGUUAUCAUACCUGCUGUUCAGGCACCAGAAAUUUCAUCAUCACGCGCACUUAAGAUUGCUAAGGAAUAUGAUUCAGAAGGUACCAGAACUGUUGGUGUUAUUAGUAAAAUUGAUCAAGCAGCUUCAGAUUCAAAAGCCCUUGCAGCGGUUCAGGCUCUGUUAAUGAAUCAGGGGCCAACAAAGACUUCUGAUAUUCCUUGGAUUGCUCUUAUUGGUCAGACUGUUUCAAUUGCUUCUGCUCAAUCUGGAACUGCUGCAUCUGAUAAUUCCUUAGAGACUGCUUGGCGAGCAGAGAAUGAAAGUCUAAAAUCUAUUUUGGUUGGGGCUCCGCAAAGCAAGCUCGGUAGAAUAGCUUUGGUAGAUGCCCUUGCUGGCCAGAUUCGUAAUCGUAUGAAACUCAGGCUUCCAAAUCUCCUUUCGGGGCUUCAGGGUAAGUCCCAAGUAGUUCAGGAUGAAUUAGUGAGGCUUGGUGAACAAAUGGUUCAUAGUGCUGAAGGAACUAGAGCAAUAGCAUUGGAGCUCUGCCGUGAAUUUGAGGAUAAAUUUCUCCUACAUAUAACUGGUGGCGAAGUGAGUUUACUUAUUUUGAAAACGAACUUCAAAUUGUUAUACCUUGAAAUUGUCUUGGAAGCAGAUGGUUAUCAACCUUAUCUGAUAUCUCCAGAGAAAGGGUUAAGAUCGUUAAUUAAAGGUGUCUUAGAGCUAGCAAAAGAACCAUCACGUUUAUGUGUUGAUGAGGUGCAUCGUGUCUUGUUGGAUAUUGUUUCUGCUUCUGCAAAUGCAACACCUGGUCUUGGAAGAUAUCCUCCUUUCAAGAGAGAGGUUGUGGCAAUUGCAAGUACUGCACUUGAUAGCUUCAAGAAUGAAGCCAAAAAGAUGGUAGUUGCAUUGGUGGAUAUGGAGCGUGCAUUUGUGCCACCUCAACACUUCAUUCGGCUUGUGCAAAGGCGAAUGGAGAGGCAGCGUCGAGAGGAAGAGCAAAAGGGUAGAUCAUCCAAGAAGGCAAUUGAGGCAGAGCAGUCCAUUCUCAAUAGGGCAACCAGUCCUCAAACAGGGGUGCAACAAUCAGAAGGAAGCUCAAAAUCGAUGAAAGAUAAAUCAAGUAAGCCAGAUAAAGAUGUACAAGAGGGAGCAGCCCUGAAGACUGCUGGACCAGGUGGUGAGAUAACUGCAGGAUUUUUGUUGAAGAAAAGUGGAAAAACAAAUGGUUGGAGUAGGCGGUGGUUUGUUUUAAAUGAGAAAACUGGGAAGCUUGGUUAUACCCAAAAACAAGAGGAACGGCAUUUUCGUGGGGUUAUCACUUUAGAGGAAUGCAACAUUGAGGAGGUUUCAGAUGAAGAAGAAGGCUCAUCAAAAAGUUCCAAGGACAAAAAGGCAAAUGGACCAGAUUCUGGAAAAGGAUCCAGUCUUGUUUUCAAGAUAACUAGCAGGGUUCCAUAUAAGACAGUUCUGAAAGCUCACAGUGCCGUUGUGUUGAAGGCUGAGAGUAUGGCUGAAAAGGUUGAAUGGCUAAACAAGUUAAGAACUGUUAUUGAAUCUAAAGGAGGUCAAUUAAAGGGUGAAUCUGGUCUUCCCAUGAACAUGAGGGCAAGUCUAUCUGAUGGUUCACUUGAUACAAUGACAAGACGGCCUGCUGAUCCAGAGGAAGAGCUUAGAUGGAUGUCUCAAGAAGUACGUGGUUAUGUGGAAGCUGUUCUUAACAGCCUUGCUGCCAAUGUCCCAAAGGCAGUUGUUCUUUGUCAAGUAGAGAAAGCUAAGGAAGACAUGCUUAAUCAGUUAUACAGCUCUGUUAGUGCCAUAAGCAAUGCUAGGAUUGAAGAGCUGAUCCAGGAGGACCAGAAUGUAAAGCGAAAAAGGGAGCGUUGCCAGAAACAAUCGUCAAUUCUUUCAAAGCUUACAAGGCAACUGAGUAUCCAUGACAAUCGAGCAGCUGCUGCCAGCAGCUGGUCAAAUGGUGGUGCAGAAAGCAGCCCACGAGCAAGUGGACCCUCAUCAGGUGAUGAUUGGAGGUCUGCAUUUGAUGCUGCUGCUGCAAACGGACCUGUUGAUUCAUCUAGGUAUGGGUCUAACGGUCAUAGUAGAUGGAAUAGUGAUUCACCUCAAAAUGGAGAUGCAAUCUCAGGUGCGAACUCCGGCAGCCGGCGUACUCCAAACCGGUUGCCACCAGCACCACCGCAAGGAGGUUCAUCCUAUAGAUACUAGAGAAAAAUCAAAACUGGCUUGUCAUUCAUCAUGCAUCAUUCUUGCUGGGUGAGUGUUUACUCCUGCACACCCUGCCGUAGAGCAUUUCUCGAGCUCAGAUAUAUGUUGGUUUUAGAAGUAUAUGUAAUUCUGAGAUGUAUUUUCCGAUGCUAUAUAUCAAUUUUCCCCCUAAAGUUCUUUUAGGGAUGAUGGGUGGGGGGGACGUUUGGGAGGGCUUUCUUUGCAUCUUUUUUUUUUUUUUUUUUUUUUUGUCAGAUAGUUAUAGAUGUAUUUGUUUGUGUUGAAUCUAUGAACAAAAUAUUUCUUUUCUC